GCUAUCUCUCUGUUUGAUGCUGCUAUGGGAUUGAGCCAGAUAUAUAAAGCACGGUCACGUCGAUAUCCUGAACCAGCCUCAACCAUUUGCACUAUUCUCCUCUUUGAUCUCCCUUGCCUCUGAUCGUCACCAUGUCAACCGUCAUUCGUGAAGAAAUGUAUGGCACCUAUGCUGCAGAAUCAGUCGAUGAGUUCUUGAAUCAGAAUCCCUCAGUGCAAGUCAUCAUAUUGCAAUGGGUUGAUAUUUGUGGAAUCUUGAGGACGAGAUUGCUCCCUGCUUCACGAUUAAAGAACCUCGUGAGAUCUGGUGGCCACCUUGAUUGUGCUCCGUUGGAUACACUCGUACCUACUACAGCUGAAUUCGUCCCCGAAAUGUUCGCAUUUUUCAGCGGUAAGGGCAAGAUAUACCCUGAUGUUUCCUCACUCCGGAUUGCGAAGCAUGAUGUAUCGGGUUUCGGCAAUGCAGCUCAUUGCUUUGGCACCGUGGAGUUUCAGAAUACUGAUGCCCGACUCCACUUGAUGGAUAUCGUCAAAAAGUCUGAAGAAUCUCACGGGUUGAGGUUCCUUGUUGGCAUCGAGCUGGAAUUCUGUCUUCUCGUUCCAGGAACCCUUGAAGUAGCUGAACCUGCAAAGCCGGGAGUGGCCGGUACUUCUGGCACUCUCCGUUCCAAGGUUUGGCCUAUCCUAAGCGAAGUUGUUGUUGCCCUUGGCGAAGCCGGUAUUGAAGCUGAGCAGGUGAUAAAAGAGUACGGCACAUCGGCCUACGAGGUUGCCCUCCCUCCUCUUCCUCCCGUAGAAGCUGUGGAUACCUACUACUACGCCAAAGAGCUCAUUCAAAACGUGGCGCACAAAUAUGGAAUACUUGCCACUUUCUAUCCGACACCGUACAAUGGAGAACAGGGUCAGAAGAGCGGGCAGCAUAUUCACAUUUCUGCAACUCCGACCGAGAAGAACAAAGACUGGAAGCCAGAUAACGCCAUGGCGGGUAUUUUAAGCCAUAUCCCGGCACUCAUGGCAUUAGGAAUGUCCCAAAUUGACUCUUAUGAGAGAGUCAAUGUCGGCAGAAUGUGUACCGGCGGCCUUGUCGGCUGGGGUGACAACAAUCGGGACAUGCCUGUUAGAAGAGUCACCAAGAAUCACUGGGAGAUCCGUGUCAAUGACGCCACGUCGAACUCGUAUGCCAUGGUCGCUGGGAUCAUAGGGGCCGCACUCGACUCCAAGCCCCUCACCAUUGGAAAUGCAGCUAAAUUCACGUUGAUGUAUUCCGAUGAAGAGAGAGAGGCUUUGGGUCUGACGAAGCUUCUCCCAGCGUCCCUUGAGACUGCACUGAAGGAGCUGGAAGAGGACAAGGCUUGGGCAGAUGGGGUUCUCGGUCACAGGUAUAUCGACUGGUUCCUUGUACUAAAGAGGGCAGAGAUGAAAACUCUUUCAAAGAUGGAGACUAAGGAAAGAAGGUUACAUAUGCUUAGCUUCUUCUAGACAUAGUACCAUAGCGAAGACGGCAGCCUCUAUCCAUUGGGGCAACAGAAGAAUACGCCGGUCACAUGUACGUUAGGUUUCUCGUAAUAUCUAUAUUACUUUAUAAAUAAAAUAUUAAAUAGGUUGAAUUGUU